AGAAGCACAACCAUACCACUAACCACAUUCCCCGCUUCUCCUCUGAGCAAAAAAAAACCCAGGCGCAAGCCAAUUGAUUUCUACGUUUUCAAUGAUCGUCUGAGGAAUUGUUCGGUGUUUUUUUUUGCUACCAAUCUCAAAGCAGCAACAAGCUAUCCACGGCGCUGCAUUAAAUCCCCGAGUGUACUCAACAGAUGCUCUUCACCUCUCACAAUGGCAACAGAAGAUAAGAAACCAGACACAGACACAAAACCUCCAGUCGUACCAUCAGCAUCUGCCAGUCAAAGCAAGUCUGCACCUGCCAAGCCAAACUACACCCUGAAGUUCACAUUAGCAGGCCACACAAAGGCGGUGUCCUCCGUCAAGUUCAGCCCGAGUGGAGAAUGGCUCGCCAGCUCAUCCGCUGAUAAACUCAUCAAGAUCUGGGGAGCGUACGACGGCAAGUUUGAGAAAACCAUCUCCGGUCACAAACUGGGUAUAUCUGACGUGGCCUGGUCCUCAGACUCUAACCUCCUGGUGUCUGCAUCUGAUGACAAAACCCUGAAGAUCUGGGACGUCAGCUCGGGGAAAUGCUUGAAAACUCUUAAAGGUCACAGCAACUACGUAUUCUGCUGCAACUUCAACCCCCAGUCCAACCUCAUCGUGUCAGGAUCGUUUGAUGAGAGCGUACGGAUUUGGGACGUGAAGACGGGGAAAUGUUUGAAGACAUUGCCAGCUCAUUCGGACCCUGUUUCUGCCGUUCAUUUCAACAGAGACGGCUCCCUGAUUGUGUCCAGCAGCUACGACGGCCUUUGCCGAAUCUGGGACACGGCAUCGGGGCAGUGUUUAAAGACACUCAUAGACGAUGACAACCCUCCUGUGUCCUUUGUGAAGUUUUCCCCCAAUGGGAAAUACAUCCUGGCAGCUACAUUGGACAACACGCUAAAGCUGUGGGACUACAGCAAAGGAAAGUGCUUGAAAACAUACACAGGCCAUAAAAACGAGAAGUACUGCAUAUUUGCAAAUUUCUCUGUCACCGGUGGAAAGUGGAUUGUGUCGGGCUCCGAGGACAACAUGGUUUAUAUCUGGAACCUGCAGACAAAGGAGAUUGUGCAGAAACUCCAGGGCCACACAGAUGUCGUCAUUUCAACCGCCUGCCACCCGACAGAGAACAUCAUUGCAUCUGCGGCGUUAGAAAACGACAAAACCAUCAAGCUAUGGAAAAGCGACUGCUAAGCCUUCUCAGAUGUUUUGAGCCAUUCAUAUUUUCCUUCUUUUUUUUUUUUUCAAUUUUUUUUCUACUUUCUUGUUGUAAGAGAAGAGGACUCGUUUUCUAACGGAGAGCUCCUGCGGGGGUUGCAGAGGGGCUUUUCAGGUGAUGAAAUUCAGCAAGCAGAACCAAAUGAGACCCAUCAGCCAAACACAGUAUCAAAUAAGAAAAAGCAGACGCUGCACUGGGAUGUUGUCCUGUUGUCACAUGUUUGUUUAUGAAAUGGUCUCUGUGUGGAUACUCUGCAUCUGGUGCUACUGUAUCUGUGACACUGCAUCAUUGACCGUGAUGUCACUGCUUCAUACCAGCUCUUCUGUAUUUGUACAAUAAAUGUCAUGCUUAAGGGGUC